GCAAUAGUUGAGCACAAGUCUGGACCAUACCGACCACCUGAAACGCGCCAGCGCCGGCUCGGUGGCGAGCAAAACAUGCAUAAUGCCGACGUGCAUCAUCGCGCGGGACCAGGGGUGCAGGCCGUCACAGCCACGACACGUGCCGCGACCGGCGCCAGCGACAGCGCCGCGUGCAUCUGGCUGCCGGAACUCAUCAGCCACAUCGCCGACUUCAUGCCGCGUAAUGAAGUGGCGUGUUGCUUGCGCCUGGUCAACCGCGCAGCCGCGGCAGCCCUGCAGGGCGCACGCUACACCACCAUCCGGCUAUCGGAGCACGUGCCUCACGCUGCCUUCGCGCGGCGCUGGGCCGCGCCCGAUGCGUCGCGCCGCCUCACGUCGGCCCAGCGCCGUCAGCUGCUCGCGCUCACCGCCGCCGCCGGCGAGACCCGCAAUCUGCAGCUGCUGCUGAAGCACCAGUGGGCGGGCGCCCUCACGCCGGAGCUGUUCUGUGCGGCGGCGGCGGGCGGGCACCUGGCGGCAUGCGAGCUGCUGCGCCGCCGCGGCUGCCCCUGGGGCUCCUGGACUACCGCCGCCGCCGCAGGCGCGGGCCGGCGGGCGGUAGUUGAGUGGCUUGUGGCAAGCGGCGUGCCUCAAGGCUGGGACUGGCGCUCGGCGCAGGCGGCUGCCAAGGCAGGCCACGUGGAGCUGGCGGCGUGGCUGCUGCCUCGCGUGGCAACCAGCAUGACACACUACAAGAGCAGCUUCCUGGCAGCUGCUGCUGAGGGCUGCACACUCCGUGACCUGCGGCGCUUCAUGCUUCAGGUGCUGGGCGGUCAGCCGCCGGCGGCGGUGGCCGCGGCAGCCGCGGCGGAAGCAGCGGUGGCGGCGGAGGCAGACAUGGAGGUAGCGCAGGAGGCGCGGGGCUGUCGCACGGAGCCGGGCUCAGACGCAACAGCGCCGGGAUCGGGAUCGGGAUCGGGAUCGGGACCGGGAUCGGGAUCCACCAGCCAAACGACGUCGGGCGAGGAAGAGGACGAGGGCGAGGGCGAGGCGGACGAGGUAGAGAGCCCAGAGGAGCUCUUCACAGACCUGUUCCAGGACGCAGCCGCGCCGCUGAGCCCGGCGGAGGCGCCGCAUAGCGCUAUGGCGUCCAUCCAGGCGGUGCGGCGGUGCGGCGACUGGCGGCAACGGCUGGACUGGCUGGCAGGGCGCGGCUACCGGCUCAGCGCAGUGGCCGCCAGCGCGGCGGCGGAUGCCGGGAACGCGGAGGCCUUGGAGUAUCUGCUGGGCCGGGUGCCGUCUGCGUCGUAUGGCCGCGAGAUCAGCUCUUGCGCUGCGCGCGGUGACCUGCCUGUGCUGCGCCUGCUGCGGCCCUACAUGGCGCGCAUGAUCGCAGCAGAUGCGGCCGAAAUGGCUGCGACGCACGGGCAGCUGGAGGUGGUGGCUUGGCUGUUGGAGGGCGCAGCAGACAUGCGCCAGGAGCCUGGUGCAGAUGGCGGCAGCGAUAUAUACAGCGCAGGCGGCAGAGGAAGUGGCGGCGGCGGUGCGGCAGGAGCGGCUGCGGCGCCGCAGGGCGCCGCAGGGCACCUGCUGUCGGCCGCGCUCUUCCGGGCGGCGGCCAAGUCGGGCAGCGUUGCCUUGCUGCGGUGGCUGAGAGACCGCGGCUGCGCCUGGGACUCGCGGGCGUGGGUGUCGGCUGCGGCCGACAGCAGCCAGGAGGUGGUGGAGUGGUUGGCGGAGGCAGGCUGCCCCAUGCCGGCCGACGGGGAGCCCUACCUGCUGCCGGCGUGCGAGGGCGACACGCCCAUGCUGCGCUGCCUGCACCGCCUGGGCUGCCCGCUGGGCCCGCCCGGCGGCGGCCUGCUCACACGCGUGCUGUCCACCCCGCUGGCCCCGGUGGACGGGGGCGCGUUGCGAGGGCUGAUGUGCCUGGUUGAGGAGCUAGGGUGCAGCGUGGACUGGGAGGCGGCCCUGCAAGGCACCGAGACGUGGCGAGGGCGGGACAAGGAGGAGGUGGCGGCGUGGCUGCGGCGGCUGCGGGGGGAGAGGGAAGGGCGGGAAGGGCAAGAGGCGGCGGGGAGGCAGGCGGCGGCGUGACCUUGGCACAUGUGCGGGCAGGAGAGGCUGGAGAGCGCGAGGGAACAGAAACAAGUAAUGAAGGUGU